CCGGGCACCCGGCGGAGCCAGCGAGGGGCGGCGGCGCCAUGGCGGGAGUGUUCGACAUCGACCUGGACCAGCCCGAGGAGGCGGGCUCGGACGAGGAGCUGGAGGAGGGGGGUCAAUUAAGUGAGAGCAUGGACCAUGGAGGAGUUGGCCAAUAUGACCUAGGGAUGGAGCAUUGUGAGAAGUUUGAGAUUUCAGAGACCAGCGUGAACAGAGGCCCUGAGAAGAUCCGGCCCGAGUGCUUCGAGCUGCUGCGCGUGCUGGGCAAGGGCGGCUACGGCAAGGUGUUUCAAGUACGAAAAGUAACCGGAGCAAACACCGGGAAAAUAUUUGCCAUGAAGGUUCUUAAAAAGGCAAUGAUUGUAAGGAAUGCCAAGGAUACAGCUCACACAAAAGCAGAGAGGAAUAUACUGGAGGAAGUGAAGCAUCCCUUCAUUGUAGACUUAAUUUAUGCCUUUCAGACUGGUGGAAAACUCUACCUCAUCCUUGAGUAUCUCAGUGGAGGAGAACUAUUUAUGCAGUUAGAGAGAGAAGGGAUAUUUAUGGAAGACACAGCCUGCUUUUACUUGGCAGAAAUCUCCAUGGCCCUGGGGCACUUGCAUCAGAAAGGAAUCAUCUACCGGGACCUGAAGCCAGAGAAUAUCAUGCUCAAUCACCAAGGUCAUGUAAAACUGACUGACUUCGGGUUAUGUAAAGAAUCCAUUCACGAUGGAACAGUCACACACACAUUCUGUGGAACAAUUGAAUACAUGGCCCCUGAAAUCUUGAUGAGGAGUGGGCAUAACCGUGCUGUGGACUGGUGGAGUUUGGGGGCAUUAAUGUAUGACAUGCUGACUGGAGCACCUCCUUUCACUGGGGAGAACAGAAAGAAAACAAUUGACAAGAUUCUCAAGUGUAAACUCAACUUGCCUCCCUACCUCACACAAGAAGCCAGAGAUCUGCUUAAAAAGCUGCUAAAAAGAAAUGCUGCCUCACGUCUAGGAGCUGGUCCUGGAGAUGCUGGAGAAGUUCAGGCUCACGCCUUCUUCAGACACAUCAACUGGGACGAGCUGCUGGCACGCAAGGUGGAACCUCCUUUUAAACCCUUAUUGCAAUCUGAAGAGGAUGUGAGCCAGUUUGAUUCAAAGUUUACACGUCAGACACCUGUUGAUAGCCCAGAUGACUCAACUCUCAGUGAAAGUGCCAACCAGGUCUUUCUGGGUUUUACGUAUGUGGCUCCAUCUGUACUUGAAAGUGUAAAAGAGAAAUUUUCUUUUGAACCAAAAAUUCGAUCACCUCGCAGAUUCAUAGGUAGCCCUAGGACACCUGUCAGCCCUGUCAAGUUCUCCCCUGGGGAGUUCUGGGGACGAGGUGCUUCUGCCGGCGCAUCCACCACCCAGGCACCUGUGGAAUACCCCAUGGAGAGCAGUGGAAUCGAACAGAUGGAUGUGACAGUCUGUGGAGAGGCUUCAGCACCACUCCCAAUCCGCCAGCCAAACUCUGGGCCCUACAAAAAACAGGCUUUCCCCAUGAUCUCCAAGCGGCCGGAGCACCUGCGCAUGAACCUAUGACAGCACCACCCCGGGAGCCUCAAGGUGCACACCACAAGGACAGGAGCCCCCUGGAGCUGAAAUUUGAGGGCUUGUUUGGUUUACUUUUAAAAAGUGACAGUAUCAAAGAAUCGGUCAUUGCACAGAGAGACUUGGAAAGCAAAGAAAAACGGAUUUUUUUUUUCCUGUCAAUCAAUGGUGCAUAAAAAAAAAACAAA